UUGUUCUUCUUCUCCGUUCAUCACACCAACUGUUACUAUUAGGGUUUCGGAGUAAUCGUUGAAGAAAUCGGAGUUCCCAUUUCGUUCCAAUGGCUGACGCAUUUCGUUCUCAACCUUCAUCGCCACCUCCUGCUGGGGGUAUGGUCGAAGAUGCAAAGGAAGGUGGGCAGUUUCAGGAAACUGAGCUCUUUGAGGACACCUUGGUCAUAAAUAGUCCCUUCACUGAGGUGGAAAAUCUCAGUGUGAAUACUGAGGUUAUAGAUGAUUCGGAUUCGGAUACUGUCGAAUGCAGGACAACUGGUCCUGUAUCUGAGCAUGAACAAGAAGUAGUGCUUGAUAGUGAGGAUGAAGAAAUGAAUAGUGCAGGUGCAAUGACUGUUGCCAAAGGAUUUCUUGAGGAUGAAACUGGUCCAAAAGUGAGAAAUCUUUCGAUGCUCUUCAAGAAGAGACGGCUUCAGCCACCUUGUGAGCAAGCACACUCAAAUGCCAUCAAUUUUGGGAAAUCUGCUGCUACUGGGUUAAAUCACAUUCACUCACCACAGCCUGCUGAUUCAACCCAAGAAGCACUAGGCUUCGUGGAUCAGUACUUGUCAUCAAACAGCAUGGACUCUUUUGAAGGAAUUCAUUGUAGAAAAAUCACUAGGGAGAAAUCACCUAAUGUCAUGAUUGCAGGAGGAGUAGGACCAUUGAGCCUGGCUAAGAAAAUUAAAGCUCGAACUCAUAAUGAAGCAAAAGAACCUUUCAAGUGGGUUGGCUGUGAUAAAAAUGACAAAAAUGCUGAUAUCUUCUGUGAAAAAGUUGAAGCAUCAGCAAAUUUUAGAAGCUACAGACUGGCAUAUAAGAGAAGACGACAGAAAAAAGAUGAUCCUCUUCAGAACCAAGGAAACUGCAGUCCAGGUAAUAGAUGUGAUAAGUCAGUCCAAGGACCAAGGAUGGCAACUGAAAAUAAUAACUCUCUUAAGGAGCUGGAUGCUGAGUUAAGGGCUACAAGAGAGAAUCUUAAUGUCUAUUCCAAUGUACCACAUACAGAAGGCAUGUAUGAUAUUGGUUUAGACACUCAAAUAGCUGCUGAAGCAAUGGAUGCAUUAGCCAACGAGCCCCCUCCUGCCUUCUGUUUUAAUGAUGCUGAUCAACCAGAGAAUGCAUUUGGUGGUUCUUUGAGCGAUUUGAAUGAAGAUUGUCAAAAAAGUUAUUCAUAUAGACAGGAUCCUGCUUUACAUUCUGUCACACUAAAAUCAAAUAAGAUAAAUGUAUCUUCAUGUAGAUUCCGCAAACUGACUUCUAGUUCCUCUUGUUUGGAUACUGAAAAUCAGGAGCCAAACUGUGUCACAGGAAAAACGAAAAAGAUGAUGAAAAGCAAGUCAACGGUUGAGGGACAGUUUGGGAAUGAUACUAGUAAACCAAUAUACAGUGAACAUGUACCACUUGAAGAUGGUUGCUCACUAGGAAAGUAUGUAAGUUUUCAACCUUCCGCCAGAGAACCCAGAAAUUUGAGUAAUGAGAGCAAAUGGACAAGGAUCAAAGAUCAACCAAGCCAUCAUACAGCGAAGGACAAUAAUGUCAAGGAAAAGGGUGUUAUUAGACACAAGAAGGGAAAUGGUUUAGUGGCUGAUCCAGUGAAGUUGGGUGUUAAGACAAAACAUCCCAAACUGCCUACCAAUUCAUGUGGGGAGGCUAGGAAAAGCAGGUUGAAUCAUCAGGUUCUAGUUAGUCCACGGCUAUCUGCAACCAGCAGUUUUUCCAGUAUGGAUUCAUGGGUUUACCCAAAAAGACCAAGGGGGAAAGGAAAGCGGGCUAAUGUGCAAAUCAAUCCUAAUGCACCCGCAACUUUGUGUAUUGAUGGAAAAGAAAGCAACAUCUACUCCACUAGAUGUCUAGAAGGUCAAGAUGUGGAUAAAUCAUUUAACAGGUUGAAUCAUCAGGUUCUAGUUAGUCCACGGCUAUCUGCAACCAGCAGUUUUUCCAGUAUUGAUUCAUGGGUUUACCUAAAAAGACCAAGAGGGAAAAGAAAGCGGGCUAAUGUGCAAACCAAUCCUAAUGCCCCCACAACUUUGUGUAUUGAUGGAAAAGAAAGCAACAUCUACUCCACUAGAUGUCUAGAAGGUCAAGAUGUGGAUAAAUCAUGUAACACACGGUCACCUUGCAAUGCUUCAUCUAUUGUCAAUGGAAGAUGUGUGUUGCAGGGGACCUAUGUUCAACCAGGUUCAGCUGGUAAUGCCAUAACAUCUGAAGAAAACCUGCAUGAUAUCCGUCCAUUAUUGCAGGCACAUGUUGAAAUAUUGUCAAACAAGAGCGCUGCAAAACUAGGUUUAGAUAUUCCUGCUACAGUAGCCUCAAGUGAAAGCAUAAAGAUUUCAAAUGCUAGCCACACAUACAACAAGAAUCACAAAAAGUCAUGUGACAAAAGCCUGCCAAAGUCUUCACUUUUGAAGGAGCUUAUCAGAUUAGGAGUUCCCGAGUCUUCGCCAGUUUUGGUAUGGAGAGAUCUGAGACAUAGAAGAGAUAUGGCACAUGUUCGAGUUUUGUUUAGCCAACAUUUGGAGGACAGUGUCAUCAAGAAGCAAAAAAAGAUCUUGGCACGUUUCAAUAUACCUAUUGCAUCAAGCUCAAUGGAGGCCACACACUUUGUAGCAGACAAAUUUACACGUACAAAGAAUAUGUUGGAAGUAAUGGCUCUUGGGAAAAUAGUGGUGACCCACUUAUGGCUUGAGAGCUGUGGACAAGCCAACUGUUUUAUUGAUGAGAAAAAUUACAUUCUGAGGGAUAUGAAAAAGGAAAAGGAAAUAGGCUUUAGCAUGCCUGCUUCUCUCGCUCGAGCAAGACAGAAGCCUCUCCUGAAGGGUAGGAGAGUCUACAUCACACCCCACAUUAAACCUGAUAAGGAAAUGGUCACAAGCUUGGUCACAGCUGUUCAUGGCCAGGUAUUGGAUGAAAGUCAGAUAUGUGGAGAUAAGAAUGAUAAUAUCUUAGAUGAUCUGCUGAUUCUUUCUUGUGAAGAUGACUAUGCAAUAUGCUGUGAUUUCCUUAAGAGAGGGACUGCUGUUUAUAGCUCAGAGCUUGUCCUGAAUGGAAUUGUAGUCCAGAAGUUGGAAUUUGAGAGACAUAAACUCUUCAUGAAUCAAGUUAGAAGGAUCAACCCAAGUACGUCUAAUCGAUUUGGGAAGGUUUACAGAAGGCGUUGAGGUUUUUUAUCUCGACAAUAGCUGAUUUUUUAUGGUGUUCUUCUGGUUUACUGUGCAACUCAAAACCUAUGGGCACUCUCCACCCAGAGCGCCACUUGUUCAGUUACUUACAAUUUCAAUGCAGUCUCUCUUUUUUCAGUCUUAGCAUAUUCUAUAUGCAAUGAUAGCUACAGAGCAGGGAAAGCUUUUUAUUGUUAUUAGUUUUGUUCAAGGGAUUGAUUUUCAUGUAAAUGAAUUGUAUGUAUGAAAGACUACCAGCUGCAGUAUUCAAAAUACUUUUUUUUGUUGUUGAA